CUCCCCCCCAUACCCCACAGAUCCAUUGCUCGAUGCCCAUCUCUCUCCCCCCCCCGCCCAGAUUGCACUGGCUGCCCCCAGCUGAGCGGGGGGCUGAUCGCGGGGCUGGUCGUGGGGGACCUGCUGCUGACGCUGCUCAUCGCUGUGGCUGUCUACUGCCUGGCCGGCAAGAUCCACCUCUCGCGGGGGAGCGCACAGGGGGAGGCCAAGAAGCCCGCCGCCCCUGAGACGGAGUCGCCGUACCAGGAGCUCCAGGGUCAGAGGAUGGAUAUUUAUAGUGACCUGAAGAAAUCGGGAGCCAAUUAUUAAUGCCCCCUCUCCGUCCCACGCCCGCUCUGCACCCAAGCGGCUGGUGCCAGCGUGUCAAAUCCAUGCAGCCUUCAUUGUUUAUCUCCAUGCCACCCGCUCUGAGCACCGUUCCGUGCAAACUUGCAGCCCCCCUAAAUCUGCAGCAUUGAUCCCACCCCGCAUAGGUGCUGACUCCGUGGGUGCUCCGGGGCUGGAGCACCAAUGGGGAAAAAUUCCCCACCGCAGCUCACCUCCGCCUCCUCCCCUGAGCACCCCGCCGUGUCCUUCUUCUCCCUCCUCCCUCCCAGCGCUUGUGCCGCGAAACAGCUGUUUCGCGUGGCAAGCAUUGGGAGGGAGGGGGGAGGAGGAGGAAUGCGCCACGUUCAGGGAAGAGAAGAAACCGGGGUGGGGAAUUGGGGAGGGGCCAAUAGGGGCAUGGAGGGGGCGGAGUCGGGGCGGGGCCGGGGCAGGGGGGCGUGAGCACCCACCGGCGCCAAGGAAAGUUCUUCGGAGAUGCAUUUCCUCUCUGCUGGACUCGUUUAAUCUCUAGUUCAAGUGCCCUGCUUGUGUCUGGGUGAGGGGGUUACAAAGACCCCGACCCUGGUCCCUGGUUGUGGUUUUGCGAUCUUAACAAAGUUUUUUGACUGGGAAUUUCCUUCCUUGCUGUUUUUCUCCUCAACGUUAUUGGUACAAUUUCAGCUUUAACAAAGUCUUUUCGCCGGGAAUUUUCUUAGUCGUUUUUCCUUCAUCAAAGUUAUUGGUACAAUUUCAACUUGUUUUUUUUCCGUUAAAGUUCUUGGGCUGAUGUUAACAACAUUUUUUGGCUGAAAAUUUCCAAAGUUGCUUUUUUGCCUUAUUGAAAUUCUUUGUCCUGUUUCUAUUUAAAUGAAAUUUUUAGCUUGUGAAUUAUCAUAGUUUUUCUCUAUUCCAUCCCUGUUGCUAUUACUAGCCCUAUGUCAGUGUUUAAGUUUUUGUGACUGGGAGGUUUCUUGGUUGCCGUUUUUUCCUGGUUAAAGCUGUUGGUACAAUGUCCACAUUAACAAAGUUUUUUCGACCGGGAAUUUCUCAAAUGUGUUAUUUUUGUUCGUGUUGAAGUGCUUGGUACGAUUUCAAGUUUAAUAAAGCUUAUUUGCUGAGA